AUGAUUCUGUUGCAAGAUGAAGGUGUCCUUAAAGCCUACAUGGAUAUCAUGGUUAAUCCAGUUUAUACAGCACACCUUGGUCACGAUGAGCCUCCACCAAAUUGCCAGAAGCGCAUUCACCGAGCUGGAUAUGUCAGGAGUUAA